CUGAAUCUUACUUAAUUCGAUCCACAUUUAGCCAUGGAAUCCUUUCCUUUUCACCUUCCCUGCAACCAAACUCACUGCUUCACUUUGUCGUCUUCGUCUUUCUUUCACAAUUAUCUCAUUCCAUUGAUACGAUCAAGCGGUUUCAUUUUAUGAUUUUAAAAUUAACAACCGACUUACCGCAUUCUCAAAUAGACCGCCCUCCCACUGGAACCAAACUCACGACGACAAGCAGACAGACACAGCUCAUCUCUUUUCUUCGUCCUAAUCUUUCUCUCUACUUUAUUCUUCUUCUCACGCAUUACGGCUUCCUACAUUUCCCUAUCCGCACUGUUUCAUCAUGGCGGCGGCCGAGGACAUUUACCUUCACGGCGAUCUGGACCUUAAGAUAAUCAAGGCUCGACGCUUGCCGAAUAUGGACUUGGUGUCCAAACACUUGCGUCGCUGUUUCACCGCCUGUCAAGUUAGCGAAAGUCCACCGAAGUCUGACCUUCGCGAUUUGGCUGACGAAGGGGAUGACCACCGCCACGGUAAGAUUAUCACCAGUGAUCCGUACGUUACCGUGGUGGUGCCGCAAGCCACUGUGGCGCGGACACGUGUCAUUAAGAAUACUCAGAAUCCUGUAUGGAACCAGCAAUUUUUUAUUCCCUUGGCUCACCUUGUAACUGACAUCGAGUUUCAGGUUAAAGAUAAUGAUCCCUUUGGGGCGGAGGUCAUUGGGAAGGCGAAAGUCUCCGCGCAUCGAAUCGCGACCGGCGAGUUCAUCUCGGGGUGGUUCCAGUUCUACGGCAAAGACGGUAAGACGCCGAAGCAGGACACGGCCUUGCUACUGGAGAUGAAAUUCACGCCGUGUGAAAAGAAUCCAUUGUACCGCCACGGCAUUGCGGGUGAUCCUGAGCAGAGAGGAGUUCGAAACACGUAUUUUCCGUUACGAAAGGGACAUGAAGUGACGCUUUACCAAGAUGCUCACGUGAAGGAGGGGUUUUCGCCUCACAUUAAGCUUGAUGGUGGUCAGGUUUACAAGCAGGGCACGUGCUGGGAGGAUAUUGGUCAUGCCAUUUUAGAGGCUCACCAUUUGGUGUACAUUGUCGGCUGGUCUGUGUUUGAGAAGGUUAAGCUUGUUCGAGAGCCAACUCGGCUGACGCCGCGAGUUGGUGCUGAAGAUUUGACACUUGGUGAGUUGCUCAAGUAUAAAUCGGAGGAAGGUGUGAGGGUUUUGUUGUUGAUUUGGGACGACAAAACCUCCCAUGACAAAUUUGGAAUCAAAACGGCAGGAGUGAUGACGACCCAUGAUGAAGAAACGAAGAAGUUUUUCAAGCAUUCUUCUGUGAAUUGUGUGCUGGCACCACGUUAUGGUAGCAGUAAGCUUAGCAUUAUCAAACAACAGAUUGUUGGUACCAUCUUUACACACCAUCAGAAAUGCGUUAUUGUUGACACGCAAGCACCCGGUAAUAACCGGAAGAUAACAUCAUUUAUAGGAGGUCUUGAUCUCUGUGAUGGUCGCUAUGACACCCCUGACCAUCGUCUCUUUCAUGAUCUUGAUUCUGUGUUCAAGGACGAUUUUCAUAAUCCUACAUAUCCUGCUGGAACCAAGGCUCCAAGACAGCCGUGGCAUGAUAUGCACUGCAGAAUUGAAGGACCUGCUGCAUAUGAUGUUCUUAUAAACUUUGAGCAGCGUUGGAGGAAAGCUACACGGUGGACCGAAUUCACUCUAAAGUUUAAAAAGGUUUCUCAUUGGCAUGAUGAUUCUCUGAUUAAGAUAGAGCGCAUCUCAUGGAUACUAAGUCCUCGCCUAUCUGUUGAAAGUGAUGGUACCACAAUGGUUCCAAUUGAUGACUCCACAAUUCAGGUUUCUGAGGAAGAAAAUCCUGAAACCUGGCACGUUCAGAUUUUCCGGUCCAUUGACUCUGGAUCAGUGAAAGGAUUUCCAAAAGAUGUUGAAAAGGCUGCAAUCCAGAACCUUAUCUGUGCAAAAGAUGUGGUAAUAGAUAAGAGCAUUCAAACUGCAUACAUUCAAGCAAUCAGAUCUGCCCAGCGUUUCAUAUAUAUCGAAAAUCAGUAUUUUGUUGGAUCAUCUUAUGCAUGGCCAUCAUAUAAAAAUGCAGGAGCUGAUAAUCUUAUCCCGAUGGAGUUGGCACUAAAGAUUGCCAGUAAAAUUAGAGCUAAUGAGAGAUUUGCGGUGUAUGUUAUCAUACCUAUGUGGCCUGAGGGUGAUCCAAAGACUGCUACUGUGCAAGAAAUUCUGUAUUGGCAGAGCCAGACAAUGCAGACGAUGUACAGUGUUGUUGCAAAGGCACUGGAAGAUAUGCAGAUGAAAGCAAAACUGGAAGAUUACCUCAAUUUUUAUUGCCUCGGUAACCGGGAAGAACUCCCAGAUGCGUUAAACAAUAGUGGUGAAACGGUCUCUGAAUCACAAAAAUAUCAGCGGUUUAUGAUCUAUGUGCAUGCUAAGGGAAUGAUAGUAGAUGAUGAAUAUGUGAUAGUUGGAUCUGCCAACAUUAAUCAAAGAUCAAUGGCUGGGACUAAAGACACUGAAAUAGCCAUGGGUGCAUAUCAGCCGCAUCACUCUUGGGUGAAAAACAAGAGGCAUCCACAUGGCCAGAUAUAUGGAUAUAGGAACUCGCUUUGGGCAGAGCAUCUUGGUGAGCUAGAUGCUUGCUUCGAGGAGCCUGAAAGUUUGGAAUGUGUUAGGAUGGUAAACCAGAUCGCCAAAGACAACUGGAAUAGAUUCACUGCUGAGAAUUUCACACAACUGCGGGGCCACCUUCUAAAGUAUCCUCUUAAGGUGGAGGCUGAUGGGGCAAUAAGCCCCCUACCUGAAAAUGAAAAUUUUCCAGAUACAGGAGGUAAAGUCAUUGGAGUGCAUUCCCUGUUAUUGAAUGAUAUGUUGACCACAUAAUUCACCUCCCCUUUUGUUGUUUGUUGAAACACCAAAGGAAGAACAUUGACAACAAAUAGUCUGAGGUUGUGAUGUUAUAAUUUCAUGUAUUUUUAUUUGAUCGGUUAAAUCCGGGUGUGUAAAUCUGUACUAAUUUGUAAAUUUGUGUUAUAGAUGUGAGUGGGUUGUGGGAAGACUACUGUUGGGUUGAACGAGUAACAUAAGCUUUGUAUACAUGCUUACAGUUAAAAGAAAUGAACUCCUUGGCUGAUUUAUGAAUUUCAA